AUGAGAAGCUCCCACGACAACCCCGGCCCUGCAGGCGAUGCGCUGCUAGAGGUGCCAGCACACCAGUCCCAAUCAAGUACAGACAAUGAUGGACAACCUGUAUCUCGGCGGAGCACUGCUUCUUCCACGUCGGAUCUAGAACCGCUGACAGACUCGGACUAUGAGUAUGACUUUCCUCCGACCGGAGUCAUCAUCCACAUUGAGGGCACGCCUCUCAAUAAUCAGCCUGAGAUUCAAGAGUCAGACUCUGAAUUAAGAGACGUCUCAAGGCCACCAUCACCCAAUCUCUACGACAAACGCACCAACAACGACAUCGCCCUCGCUUCAAUAAAAGGCAAGGGACUGCCUACUCUCAGCCCCGAUCAGCAACCGGUUCUACCGACAGACCAUAGCGAGGUUUCUGAUCUUGGCGAUGGCCUCGACGAUACCAAGGCAGAGGACAGGUUGUGUGAGUGGCAAAAGGAUCGCCACCCCGAAGCUGCGCUGCACGACCUGCUACUAGCCGAGUAUCGCAAACCGCAGGCGGGGAGCAAAGGAUUCAUCCCUAGGGGCCAUAUCAGGCGGGUUCUUCAAGAGCGCGACGUGAGACAGGAGAUUGUUGAAGCAUUAUCUGGGCCUUCCGGGCCAUCACAGGCCAUCUUGGCCAAGGCCAAUGAGUACACGAGACUGAUCUGUAACCCUUCGCCUCACCGGCGGUCCAAGCACGGAAACAACUCAAAACCCGAGUCCUAUCUCAAGAUCUUUGCAAUUCUAGUACUCAUAGAAAGAGUCUCAUCCAUUGGCGAUUUCAUCAAAGAAAGGGUUGAUGACAGUGCGCUUCCCCUACGAAGAGUCGAGGUCAAGUCGGCCAGAGUACCAAGAUUCGAACUACGGCCGCGACCCCAAGAUUCGAGUCGUCUUGCCUGUUUCAGAAAGUGGAACCAAGUGCAGCUCAUGCAGUUUGAUGAUUGGCAAUGGACUGUCAUGGCACCGUUCUUCUCUCGUGCGGUAGACGGCAAGGUUAUGAGAUAUCGGUUUCCAGACUCUACGAUACUACCAUUCUCAAAAGAGAAGAGGCAAGCUGGUGACCCUUUUGAAGAACAAGAGUUUGAAGGAGGAUUUGGCAAGGUUUCCAAGGUGUACAUUCACCCAGAACACCACAACUUCUACGAUGGCAAGUCAAACGACUCUGCCUUUGCUAUCAAAAAGCUCAAGUCAAGAAGUCUGGAAAAGUACAAGUCCGAGUUUACCAUGCUCGCCACGUUCUCCAAGACCGAAGACCCUCAUCUCGUCCCUCUUAGGGCCGCAUAUCGCCUUCGCAACGCCUGCUACUUCAUCUUUGACUGGGCUGAUACAGACUUGUCGCGAUUCUGGACCUUCACGGAACCUAAGCCGCCGUUUAACAAGGAUACCGUGCUUUGGGUAUCCAAGCAGUGCUAUGGACUUGCGAAUGGUCUACAGACUAUUCAUCGCUAUGGAAGCAUUGAGCAGAGUACAUACCAGUCUUCGACAACAGCUGAUUACGAGGCUACUCCUAGUAGGAAGCUGUACGGUAGGCACGGGGAUAUCAAACCCCAAAAUAUUCUCCUCUUCAAAGAUCCCGAAGACCCCGAGGGUAGAGGUAUUCUCAAGAUCUGCGACUUUGGACAAGCCGAGCUUCAUUCAGCUCACAGCAGAUCCAACCGACCAAACACGGAUGUCGCCAUCUCUCUCUUCUAUCGGCCGCCCGAGUGCGACAUCAAGGGUGGCACAAUCAGUCGGUCAUAUGACAUCUGGACAAUUGGCUGUCUGUAUCUCGAGUUUGUUGCUUGGAUGCUAGGUGGCUGGAGUCUGGUCACCAUUUUUGCUCGGCAGAGGGCAGGGCCUGAUAUUCCUUGGGCUCCUCAGCUUAGAGAGCAUCUCUUCUUUGAUCGGUUAGAUGGGGGCAGAUCAGCCGAGGUCAAGCCAUGUGUUGGCGAGGUAAGCAUACACAUUUCUUUCGGCCAUUAG